UUCCUCGUUUCCCGUGGGAGGAAAGAAAUUUAUUCAAUAUGGUGGACGUUAAUCUCACUGGUUCAUCUCAUCUUUAUGGGUUCAUAUAAAGUCUACCGCUACCGUUAUGUACAAUUUUUAUGAUCAAAUAAUAUUAGUGAAAGCCGAUGUGUCAAAAAUCGUGCGUUAAAUUAAUGUGUUCGACUGCUAGUGCAAAAUAGUUCUUCUCUAUCAAGUUUAAAUCUUGUUUUUUAAAUCAUGGAAUUGACUAAAGAUGAGUGCAAGAGAAUCUUGAGACGUAUUGAACUUGAAGCAUAUUCAGCUUUGGUGACAGCUUUGCGGGCUCAGGGUGAACUAGACAGGUGCAAGAAGAGAUUAUUGAAAGAACUAGGCGAACAAUUAAGUAUUUCAACUGAACGCCAUAGAGCUGAAAUACGACGUGCAAUAAAUGAUGAUAGAUUAUCCAUGAUUGCUGAAUGUGUCUGUGGUUCUCACUCAAGUAUUGAAUGGGAGUCAGAAGGUCGUCGUGUUGUUCCUUUGAUGCCUCGUCUUGUACCACAAACUGUGUUUACGGGCACCGCAACAGCUGCUGCAAAUCAAGCUGCAAAACUGAAUGCGGCCUCAUCAACUGCAAAAGCUGUGAAUAAUGACGAAGACUCUAAAUCCAGAAAAUGCCUAGGAACUGCAACAUCUGUUCAGAAUACAAUUGGUGUAACUUCUACGUCAGUUUGUCAGACGAGCACAACAAUUUCAACAAAACCAACAAUGUCAAUUAAACAAGAACAAAAACAUAAUGGUCUAUCGAAAAUUACGGGACCAAAUAAAUCGUCUGUUUCAGUUGCCACAAAUAAAUAUGUUGCACCUUUACCUGCCAGUUGUCUUCAGGCUCAUGCAUCAGUGGUCAGCGGAAACAGCAAUCGCAUGAAUUUAAAUCUGAACAAAACGAAAGGAACGAAAAUUCAGACAGCAGUUUCAACAUCAAUGAAAGUGAAAAGUGUAACUUCUUUUGCUCAAAAUGUAACCCAACCAUUGUUAUCGAUUUCCAAGAAAUGUAAUGAAACAGCAAAUUCAUUAAGUAAAGCCAACGUUAUUACAAGACAUAAUGCAACAAGCAUUACCGUUGCUCCAAGGACAUCACUUGCUACUUUAAAAACGACUAUUCAGUCCAAACAACUCAGUCAGACAAACUCAUCGAAAAAUGUUGGUUCAACUACGAUGCAAUUUGGUAAAACAGUUUCUGUAUCGAGACGCACUUUACCUACAAUUCUUCCGAAAACUGUUUCUUCUCUUCAAAAAUCUCCGGUAAGAAAACUUCCUUCUAUAUUACCCGCUCCUGUAAAGUGUACGGUGUCAACUAUUACCCGUCCUGUUGUGUCUGGCCUUGUUACUUCAUCGCAAGUUGCAAUUCCUACGUCACUUCACCCGCCCCAGUCUUUAAAAUCGGGUUUGUCCGGCACAGUUACAAAAUCAUCUUCGACUAUUUCCGUGGCAACUAAACGAAACACGGAAACGAAACGAGAUGCCGCUAUCUCCCCUGUUCAUUUUUCAAAAUCACCUGUUUCCUCUCAAGAUUCUAGUCCCAUAUCUUCAAAAUCUUUGGACAAUAUACACCAGAGGGAAAGUCUAUCACCAGUUAAUGAUAUAUUAACAUUGGUAACAUCACCUUCAAGUCUACCUUUUAUCCCAUCAUCACCCGUGAAAUCUCUUUCUAAAGCAACAGACUCCUGUCCUAUUUCUCUCGAAUGUGACGAAAAUAUCUCGGAGGAAUUCCAAGAAAAGUUGUUUAAAACAAACAGCAUGUCGAGCUCAUCCAGUAAAAAUAUUUUAGUAUCAUCAAACGUUGUACUUAUGGAACAAAACUUACAAGAUCUUGCAACAGAACCAUCGUUAAAGGAACACGAUAGUGUUUGUAGCUCAAAUGAAAGAAGUGACACUGUUUCUAAAACAAUUGAUCUCUCACCAUUGGUGAAUGAAUUACUUUCUAAUACUCAGUUUGAUUUCAAUAAGAAAGAAACGGACAAAGAAAAUUGCGACUUACUUAAAGAGAAUUCUGAGAAUAUUGGUAUAUCACGUGCUUCGUUAUCGUUUGGUUCUCCAAUAAAUGUUUAUCCUAAAAACGAAAGUUAUUUUCCUAUUAAUGAAAGAGAAAAUGAUUCAACUCAUGAUGAAAUGCAUGUUCAAAAAGCCGGUUUUUCCAAUCAAUAUAAAGAGAAAAAUACUGAAUUUAGUAAUGUUUUGAAAAAUCUCAACGAGACAUGUGAAAUGGCCGACCAAAGUACAAUGACGCAAAAGAGACAGAACAGAAACAAAUUAUCCGGAGCGGUACAGAUCAUCCUAUAUCACAGAAAAUAA